GAGGCAAAUAAAUAGUUAUUGCUUGCCAUAUACUGCAUUUAGAUCAGACUGUUAACUUAUAUAUCAAAUACGCAUUUACAGUUCCGCCAACUAUCGGCCAUCGAAAAGCUGGCAGCUCUGCCGCGCGCUUUCAAAAGCGCUUCGCCUGGGUGGCAGCCUAGCAUUAUAACUGUUUUCAGUACGCAUGUAUGUUUGGUGAAGAAAAGUAAUGUUAAAGCGCGAAUUGCAAAGUAUUAAGCUGAAGCUGUCCGAUUUGGAGGAGUACGAGGCUGUGCGUAGGCGCAACAAGAUUAAAGCCGCCAUUGAAGCCGGCAGGUCAUCAUCAGCGACGGCCACGGCCACAGAAACGGCUCCAUCGACUGCCAGCGACUCGACAUCCGAGACGCCAGUGACUCAACGUCAGAUGGAGGACCUACCCGCCGCUGUUGGUUGGUCAACAGCUGUGAUUGUCAGCAGCAACACCAAUUCCGGUUCCACCGAAGACGACACCAGUGUGGUGGCUGUGGCCGAUGAUAAUGACACCAUCGCCGAGCUCAGCGACGAUGGCUGGGUGGAUAUUGACGAGGAGGAUGGCGCUCGUGGCGGGGAACCAUAGUUUACAGCUCCAAUCAGCUAUAGUCGCACAUUUUUACGUAUAUUCCAAUGCUGCUUCAUAUGUUGCAUGAUCAUUUUUGUCCGAAAAACUCAACAGAAAACAAAUAAAC